AUGCCACCGCUGCCUGGCAAGACCAACUUCAAGGAGAGGGGCCGCCCAGACCCACGCCCUGCUCCCUCCGCCCGGCACCUGCAGGAAGGGCUGGAACCGCCUCUGCGUGCCCGCCGCUCGCUUCCGCCCUCCCGCUCCUCCCACGCGUGCCGCCCGCGACCCCGCAGCACCGCUGUCCCCGGCCCAAGGCCCCCAGGGUCCCCCUCGGCUCCUCCCGGAAGCGCGGCGCGUGGCGGCCCGGCGGCGCGGAUUGGACGCGUGGCACCCACAGAGACACCCGGGGGGUGGGACGGAGGCCCCCAACCGCUGGUGGUGGAGCUGUAUCUUGUCACCCGGAACCCCAUGCAGCCAGAUCCCAGGCGGCCUAGCGGGGCUCCCCGCAGCAGCCAGUUCCUGCCCCUGUGGUCAAAGUGCCCCGAGGGGGCAGGGGACGCGGUGAUGUACGCCUCCACGGAGUGCAAGGCCGAGGUGACGCCCUCGCAGGACGGCAACCGCACCUUCAGCUACACACUAGAGGACCACACCAAGCAGGCUUUUGGCAUCAUGAACGAGCUUCGGCUGAGCCAGCAGCUCUGUGACGUGACGCUGCAGGUCAAAUAUGAGGACAUCCCAGCGGCCCAAUUCAUGGCUCACAAGGUGGUGCUGGCCUCCUCCAGCCCGGUCUUUAAGGCCAUGUUCACCAACGGGCUUAAGGAGCAGGGCAUGGAGGUGGUGUCUAUCGAAGGCAUCCACCCCAAGGUCAUGGAACGGCUUAUAGAGUUCGCCUACACAGCCUCCAUCUCCGUGGGCGAGAAGUGUGUGCUGCACGUGAUGAAUGGGGCGGUCAUGUAUCAGAUUGACAGCGUGGUCCGAGCCUGCAGCGACUUCCUGGUGCAGCAGCUGGACCCCAGCAAUGCCAUUGGCAUCGCCAACUUCGCCGAGCAGAUCGGCUGCACUGAACUUCACCAGCGUGCCCGGGAGUAUAUCUACAUGCACUUUGGGGAGGUCGCCAAGCAGGAGGAGUUCUUCAACCUGUCCCACUGCCAGCUGGCCACGCUCAUCAGCCGCGACGAUUUGAACGUGCGCUGCGAGUCAGAGGUGUUCCACGCGUGCAUCGACUGGGUCAAGUACGACUGCCCGCAGCGGCGCUUCUACGUGCAGGCCCUGCUGCGGGCGGUGCGCUGCCACGCGCUCACGCCGCGCUUCCUGCAGACGCAGCUAGUGCUGGGGGCAGAUCAGUUCCCCAGGCCUGGUGCCUGA